AUGAGCCCACUUGAUGCAACAAAAUCAGGAUUUUUAUUGUGCAUUGCUGUCUGUAUGUUCAUCUACACUUUUAUCUACCUAAAGGAUAUGUUUUCUGAAGAGCCAAGUGAACAAAAAAUUAAGGCAAAUAUUGCAGAGUGUGGUUUUUAUCCAGAUGAACUUUGUUCAGCUCUUUUUGCAGGGAAAGCUGCUGCCCUUAAAAUAGGAAAUCUCUGUCAGAGUACUUACCAACCUAAACCACUCAGCUGCACUCAGACUUCAUGCAACUGCUCCAUGGUUUUGAAGACUCUGCACUUUAUCACAAGACCACUGUCAGAUGAAGAAGGAAAUUUCUCACUGGCAUAUAUUAUCACAAUUCACAAGGAGCUGGAAAUGUUUGUAAAGCUGCUAAGAGCUAUUUACAUGCCUCAGAAUAUUUACUGCGUACAUGUUGAUGAAAAGUCACCAAAAGAUUAUAAAGCUGCUGUACAGAACAUCAUUAAUUGCUUUGAAAAUAUUUUUAUUUCCUCAAAAAGGGAAAGUGUUGUUUAUGCAGGGUUUUCAAGAUUACAAGCUGACAUCAAUUGCAUGAGAGAUCUAGUUAAUUCCAAAAUUCAGUGGAAUUAUGUUAUUAAUCUCUGUGGUCAAGAUUAUCCCAUUAAAACAAACAAAGACAUUAUACAAUAUAUCAAAAGUAAAUGGAAUGGUAAAAAUAUGACUCCUGGCAUAGUCCAACCAGUUCAUAUGAAACACAGGACACAGGUUAGUUACAGAGAGUCUGUACACUCUGGAAUGUCAUAUGUCUAUCCAACAAAGAACAUAAAAGCUAAGCCUCCACAUAAUUUGACAAUAUAUUUUGGUAGUGCCUAUUACAUACUCACUAAAGAAUUUGUAGAGUUUACACUGACUGAUGCACGUGCAAAAGAUUUGCUGGAAUGGUCAAGAGACACAUACAGUCCAGAUGAACACUACUGGGUCACACUGAAUCGUUUAAGUGAUGCUCCAGGGGCUACACCCAAUGCUGACUGGGAAGGAAACAUUCGAGCCAUUAAAUGGAAAGAUCAAGAAGGAACUACACAUAAAGGCUGCAAAGGUCAUUACAUCAGAGACAUUUGUGUCUAUGGACUAGGGGAUUUACAGUGGAUUAUUGAAUCACCUCAUUUGUUUGCCAACAAAUUUGAGCCUGCAACAUACCCACUUGUUAUGGACUGUCUAGAGAGACGCCACAGGCUUAAAGUACUGCACCAAGCAGAAGUCCCAAUUGAAGAUCACUGGCGUUUUCAGGAAGAAAACUACUUCAACUUGAAGUUGCAUGUUUGA